UUUUUCUGUUCCUGUGCUCCUGGAUAUACUGGACAAAAGUGUGAGUUUACACUGGCCGAUCCUUUGAAGAGUAACACAUGUGUAAAUGGCGGAGUUGAAUUAUCGUCAUCUGACAGGUUACUUUUAUUUAUUUAUUUUUUAUUUUCCCAAACAUAAGAAAAAUGCACUCCACUACAGUCAACCCGCAGCUUGUUUUAAUGAGGUGUAGCUAUUAAUUCCCUCCGGUGUCUCUGCUAUUGAUAAGUUCGGCUAGUCUGUCCAAUAUUUUCUGCGUUAGGGUUGGUACUAUAGUCAAUCUAAAUAUAAAUAGUGAUAUAUUUGUAAAGAAAUUUCAUCUCGGACCUCAAAUGACGAUCUCUCGCGAUUAAGGACAGUAAUUCGUUGGAGGGUGUCCGAAAUAAAGGGAGUUGACUAUAUUUACUAUAAUAGACAGAAAGUCUUUGAAUACUUAGAAUACAAACAAUACUUAAUUUUAAGACGUGAUAAGAGCAGUUCGCAAACCUAGAGAGCUUCAGAAAUUCUGAGCCUAAAAGUUGAUUUACUGUGUUACAGGUUAUGCAACUGCCCGCUCGGAUAUGGAGGCAGAAGGUGUAAUAAAAGUAAGUACUUUCAGAAGUUUUGCCUUAUGAAAUAGCUUCCUAAUGCGUCGGAUAUAUUUUUAAAUCUGUCAAUUACUGAUGUUGUCGCAGUAUAAACUUUUCAAUGUAAGGGAACUUAAGGCACAUAGUCUUUGUGUGCGGAUACAGCUGACCUCCCCAUGCUGGAGCCAUCAGCAUGGGUAAAGUGUUUCUCACUAUACCCCGGAGGCCACACUUAGGAAGUCUUGGUGGCCUUUUAAAACCGGAAGGGGAACUACCGGUGGUGCAAAUGGUAAGAGUAAACGCCUUCCACAAAGCAAUGUAUAGUUGAGUCGAUUCCAGUGACUCUUGCUGAUUGGCUGUUUCGUUGUAGCUGUCCAGUUUGGAAAAAAUGCCUUGUUCAGUGGUGACGGUUUCUUGGAAUUCCCAUCAUCGAGCAUGCGAGGACCGAGGUGA